AUGGCCCACAAGCGCUUUGACGACGACGAACGAAUGAGCAGCCUCAACCUCCUCGCGCGGCGCGGCAACGUGCUCGAGAUCCAGCGCCGGCUCGCGCAGGGCGCGCUGGUCGACGCCACGGACGAGACGGGCGACACGCCGCUGGUGCAGGCGGCGGCCAACGGCCACGAUAGCGUCGUCUGCGUCCUCCUCGACCACCAAGCGUCCACCGAGGGUGUCCGCGACGAUCGCCUCUCGGCGCUGCUGCGCGCGACGCAAAAAGGCUCGGCGACGACCGUCGCGCUUCUUGCGAGCCACCACGCCAACCUCGAAGCCCUCUUCCCCGACGGCAAGACCGCGCUGGUGUACGCGGCGCAGCACGGCCAGUCGCAGCUCGUCGAGACGCUGCUUGAGCACCACGCCAACACGGAGGCCACGGACGAGACGGGCAACACAGCGCUGCACUACGCGACCGAGAAUGGCAACACGCGCAUCGUGACGCUCCUCCUCCAGGCCAACGCGCGCUCGACCGUCUACAACUACGCGCGCAACACGCCUCUGCUGGCCGCCUGCAUCAACAGCCACGUCGAGGUGCUCCGCGUGCUUUUGCAGUACGACACGGACCUCGAGGCGUACAACGACGACGGCUGGUCCGCGCUCAUGUACGCGUCCGCCAUGGGCCACUACGAGUGCGUCAAGCUCCUCCUCGGGAAGGGUGCGCGCGUCCAGGCAGUCUCCUCGAACGGCUCGACGGCGCUGCUGGUUGCGACGCGCAAGGGAUACCACGAUGUUGUGCUGCUUUUGCUGCAGCACAAGGCGCCCGUCGACGCCAAGUUCAACACGGGCGGGCUGACGUCGCUUAUGGUGGCCGCGACGCAAGGCUACUUGAGUAUUUUGCAGCUUUUGCUGCAGUUCCAAGCCAACUUUUUGCUGCGGAACCACGACAACAAGACGGCACUCGACCUCGCGACCGAGAAGAACCACAUGAGCUGCCGGUCGCUCCUCGACAUGCGCGAGCGCCACCCGCUGCUGUACUUUGCCAAAGUCGGCCAGCUCAAGCCCCUCCAGCAGCUCGUGCGCCAGCACGUGGACAUCGACGACCACGACGAGCUCGGGAAAACCGCGCUCAUGUACGCUGCGAGCGCCAACCAAGUGGACGUAGUCGAGUAUCUCUUGAGCCUUCAAGUGGCGGUCGACGCCUGCGACAACAACGGCGUCGACGCGCUCGCCAUGGCGGUGGGCGACUGCCGGCACCUGCUCGAGCGCGAAAUGCUCUACCGCGUCGUCAAGUCGGGCGACCUGACGACGUUUCGAGACAUCCUCGCGCAGAACCCGACCAUGGACAUUGAGCAGCGCAAUCCGAGCGGAACGACGCUGCUGAUGCUCGCGGCGCAGUACGGCCAUGCCGACAUGACCAAGCUGCUCCUCGACCGCAACGCCAACCUCAACGCGGAAGAGACGGACGGGUCCACGGCGCUCUUUUACGCGACCGACAACAACCACAAGGUCUGCCGCGCGCUCUUGGAGAAGGAGAUGGCGUUCCGCGAGCGCUACCCGCUUCUCUACCACGCUCGUUGCGGUGACGUGGCCAAGGCGGCGCUGGUCCUCGACGCGGACGCCGACCCCGACGAGCGCGACGAGGACGGCUGGUCGGCGCUCAUGUAUGCGGCGUCGCUGGGCCACACGGCCAUGAUCCAGCUGCUUCUCGAGCGCAACGCGCAGAUCGGCGGCACGGAUAAAGGCGGCAAGACGGCGUUCAUGGUCGCCAAGGACAAGGCCGUGUUCGUCAAGCUCAUUUUGGAGAAGAACGCGACCGAGCUGCGCUUCAACGAACUCAUGUUCAAAGGCGCGAUCGAGUGCGACCCCAAGCUCGGCAAGGAGAUCCUCAACGCCUUUGUGGUCGAGAGCGGUCGCUACAGUCUCGAGUUUCGCGACCUGGAUCGCAUUUACGGGCGGGAGACGAUCCAGCAGAGCGCGCUCUACUCGAUUCUCAACCUCGAGGGCGACGACGAGGCCGAACAGGGCGUCAAGCAACACUGCCUCCAGCAUGUCGUCAUGCGCCGCGUGCUCCAGCUCAAGUGGGAGUUCUUCGCCCAGCGCAUGUACAUUGAGCAGUUCCUCAUGUACAUUCUGCUGCUGGCGUCGUCAGUCCUCUCGGGCUGCCUCUACCAGCUCGACGACGCAGCCGAAGUGACGCCGCCGCCCGUCUUCAAGGACAUUUCCAACGUCAUUUGGCAGCGCAACAAGACGGCCACCAACGGCACGCGGUCGCUCAUCGCCGUCAUCUCGUUCCCGACUUCGAGUAACGUCACGUCGGCCGCGCAGACGACGACGACCAACGCGACCUUUGACACGGACACGUUCCGCUUUGGCAUCAUGGUAAACUUGUCUCUAUCUUCAUGGAAAUUGCUCAACAUUUACAAAAAUCACAAAAUUAGCUCUGGAGCAUCCUCUGCGUGUGGGUCGUCGUCUCGUACGUGA